AUGGCUUCUCUUACUUGUGAAUUGAAAUGGUUGAAGGGUCUUCUCCUUAGCUUGGGGAUUCAACAUACUGAUGCUAUUGGGCUAUAUUGUGAUAGCCAGUCGGCUUUACAUAUUUCUCGGAAUCCAGUCUUCCAUGAACGAACAAAGCACAUUGAAGCAGACUGUCACUUUGUUCGUGAUGCUAUCCAAGACGGCACUAUUCUUCCUUCUUAUGUUCCUACAACUGUUAAGUGUGUUCAAGUUCUUAUUGAGUUUGGAGCCGAUGUGCAUGUUGAGAAUUAUUACAAAGACACUCCUCUACAUUGUGCUUCUGAAAAUGGGAAAGAAGAAUGUGUGGCACUUCUAUUAGAGAACGGAGCUUCUGUCACCUCUAAGAACUUGGAUGACAAGACGCCUAUUUGCAUUGCUCGACGAGAAAACCAUGACCACAUUCUAAAAUUACUUAAGGAUGUUUUCUUGUGA